GCAACCACAGGAGAUUGCAAAAAAAAACACGAUAUUUGCGUUUUGUGGGCUGAGUUGUCAAAAAGUUGGCAUUUGUUCCAUUCCAUCUGUUUUAGUGUGUGUUUGGUAUAGCUGAAAUCUAUUCUAUCGUAAAUUCAAUAAAAAACUAUUAAGACGAUUUGCGUGAUGACAUAAUGGUGUAAUAGUUUUCGAUAAGUCGAGACCAAGAAGAAUACUAAUAAAAAAAUGGAUAGCAUUUUGGAUUCCCCAGCGAAGUCUAGCCCGAUGGAAGAGCCCGAGGGCUUCCCUGAGAGCGAGACAGAUUAUACAAGUAUUAGAGGAAAGAUGGUGCUGGUGAGCCCCACAUCGAACCAGUAUGAGCUGCUACAGAAAGAAAUGCUGGAGAGGCUAGAGGCAGGAAACGGUGAAAUUAUUUAUGACAUUGGCCAUGGAGAAGAUGGUCAGGGGCUCACAGAAGACGAGUACAGUGCCAGUGUGGCAACCCUGCAAUCGUUAGUGAGCGCAGAGAGAGUGUCAUGUGUGGAGCUGAGGCGUUGGGACUGCGGGUCAGGUCUCACGGGGCAGUACCUCCUGAGGACGGAAGUCGACAACACUGACUUUAUGGAGAUCAGGGUGGCGGUGGUAGGCAAUGUGGACGCGGGCAAGUCCACCCUGCUGGGAGUGCUGACGCACGGGGAGCUAGACAACGGGCGGGGGUACGCGCGGCAGCGGCUGUUCCGGCACAAGCACGAGAUGGAGAGCGGCCGGACCAGCUCCGUGGGGAAUGACAUCCUCGGCUUCGACAGCCAGGGCAACGUGGUGAACAAGCCGGACCACGGCACCCUGGACUGGGUGAAGAUCUGUGAGAAGUCGUCUAAGGUGAUCACAUUCAUCGACCUCGCGGGACACGAGCGGUACCUCAAGACCACCGUGUUCGGGAUGACGGGACAUGCGCCCGACUUCGGUAUGCUUAUGAUCGGCGCCAACGCAGGUAUAGUGGGCAUGACCAAAGAGCACCUCGGUCUAGCGCUCGCCCUCUCGGUGCCAGUGUUCGUGGUAGUGACAAAGAUAGACAUGUGUCCGCCCAACGUUCUGCAGGACAACCUCAAGUUGCUCGUGCGCAUCCUGAAGUCCUCGGGCUGCAGGAAGGUGCCCGUCAUGGUCAAGACCAAGGAUGACGUCAUAGUUAGCGCUACUAAUUUUGUUUCUCAAAGGCUAUGCCCGAUCUUCCAAGUGUCGAACGUGACGGGCGAGAACCUGGAGCUGCUGACCAUGUUCCUCAACCUACUGAAGACGCGGAUGCCCUCGCAGGAGGACAAGCCCGCGGAGUUUCAAAUCGACGACACAUACUCUGUGCCGGGCGUGGGCACAGUGGUGUCGGGCACGACGCUGGCGGGCGUGAUCCGGCUGAACGACACGCUGCUGCUGGGCCCGGACCCGCUGGGCCGCUUCGCGCCCAUCCUCGUCAAGAGCAUCCACCGCAAGCGCAUGCCCGUGCCCGAGGUCCGCGGCGGCCAGACUGCCAGCUUCGCGCUCAAGAAGAUUAAACGCUCACAAAUCCGAAAAGGCAUGGUUAUGGUGUCACCGUCUCUGAAUCCUCAAGCCUGCUGGAUCUUCGAGGGGGAGAUAUUGGUCCUGCACCACCCCACCACCAUCUCCUCGCGCUACCAGGCCAUGGUGCACUGCGGCAGCAUCCGGCAGACGGCGUCGAUAUUGUCGAUGUCGCGCGACUGUCUGCGCACGGGCGACAAGGCGCGCGUGCGCUUCCGCUUCAUCAAGCACCCGGAGUAUCUGCGCCGCGGACAGCGGAUGGUGUUCCGCGAGGGUCGCACGAAAGCGGUGGGCAACGUGCUGAGGCCGGAGCCGAUGGUGAAGGCGGCGGGCGGCACGCGGGCGAACGCGCGGACAGACCGCCGCGAGAGGAAUGACACGCCCGGGCAAGUGCUCAGCCAUGUGGAAGAGAGCGAGGUGACGGGCGCGGACUCCCCGUUCGAGGUGCAGCGCGACAAGCGCGAGGGGCGCCGCGCGCGCCCCAAGCGCCCCCACGCGCCCCACACGGCGCCCCCGCACGACAAGCCCGACCAGCCCGCCGUCGCUGCCAACUGACUCACUCGCCGACUACUGACACAAGCUACUUGUUCACGGGUGGAAUUUAAAUUGGCCGUUCUCUGUAUUUUCCGUAUCGGUGUGAAUUCUCUCUUUUACCAACAGUGUCCAAAUGUCGCUGUAAAUCUUUAAAUGGAAUCUAACUCCGCUGUUACUUUUUGUUAUGGACGAUGAAAAUUAAGGUUAUAGCAACAUUAUAUGUUAUACCUCACCGCUCCCACUCAGCAACGUUACGGUUGAAAGUGAGCUUUAAGUAGUCGUCUGUAGACAUACUUUACAUUGACAAGACGAGAGCUGACAGCGAGCAGUCGGAAAAUUUGUUGUCAAUGUAAAGUAUGUCUUCAGUGGACGCUUUAGAGCAUACUUUCAAUUAACGUCAUCUUGCCGGGUGGGAGUGGUGCGGUAUAAGUGCACACCUCAAUCCCGAUAGCGGCGAUACGAUGCUUCGAAUUAUUUUAGUAAAGUGAAAAUUCACGCCAUUUACGAUAACCACGAAAAUACUUGUUUCAAAUUCUCCCGACCGUCCUCAAGCCUAACAUCUAGAUAAAAUUUAAAUUGAACAUGUGUGCAUAAUUUUUUACUAUUUUGGCCAGAUACAAUUAUAAAAAGCUGUCAAUUUUUCAAUAUAUACCUGGCUAUAACUAAAAGGCACACGAUAAAAGUACAUAAUACUAAUUUGAUCUAGAUGAAAGUUUCACAUCUUUAAAUUACUUAGGUAUUAACACGCCACCGCCUAUACCUACUAAGUGAAAAUGAUCUGUACGAUUGUCUCGUUUGAGCGCCCAACGAAUAGUCUUCACGCUAGAUGCCGGAAUGGACGCUAUUUCUUAUUAUUUUUGUGUGAAGAGAAGUACAUUAACAAUAUAUUCGUAGUUUUAACACCUCUAAAAGAUUUCCAUAUUUUUAUCAAAAUAUUCUUGUAUCUUUACAAAUAGUAGCAUUGACUUUUUAAAAUAAUUAGGUGAUAUUUAAAAGUGACACUACUUAUAAUAUUUUGAAUAUAAUAAACUAUAUAAAUAUUAUAGCAAAAUUGUAAAAUAUAUAAAUCUUGCUGAGCAAAAAGAAGCCAAGGUAUUGGGAGUUAGGUGUUCUAUGUAACAUUAAAAGUACAUAGACAGCAAUACGAAAUGUAUGAAAACUUUAUAUUGAUAGUCUUUGUUACAAGUUGAAAUUAUUUCUACUACAGCACAAUAUUUAUUUUGCGUUUUUUAUUUUUAUUGAUGUGGUGAAGUUCCUUCACUUAAGAAAAAUUGAUUUAAAAUUAUAUGUUCAGAAAAAUUCAUUAACAUUUUGUUUUUAUUCUCUCUCCCACAUAUACUUCAUGUGGAAUUUAUUGUAUUUUUACUUUGUUAUAUUUCAAAUUAUACUUUUAUUUCUCUAUGUAUCUUAUUUUUCAUUAAGAUUUUUAUGCAGCCCCUCAUGUUUUGGUUUAGGGUUAUAAUAAUGUUUAUUCGUUAAUUUUGUGUGUAAAUUAAUUAGUUGUGAUAUGACAAUUUUAUGAUAGGAUUUGUGUGGAAUUAGUGUAUUGAUGCCCUUGGUGAAGCAUUAGCUCUGAAUUCACAAUACUUGUCAUUAGGGAGGCUAGCUGCUCUUUCCAUAUCAUUAUUCAGUAUUUCAUUACAGUACCAAUAUUAGAUUGUGAUUUUUAUAGUUUAAGUGAUAAGACAUAUUUUUAUUGAUUUGUUCAGAGUGACAGAAAUUAAACUAGCUACAAAAUAAA